AAAACAACACCAACACCAACACCAACACCAACACCAACCCACGAUUACGACACGAGACACGACCACGGAUCAUGAGCACUGGUGGCCAGCAGCUUGGGGGCGGCGGGGUGUACCUCCUUGACUACGGAGCAGGCAAUGUUCGCAGCGUUUGCAACGCUGUUGCGGUAGCUGGGGUAUCGCUCAACUUCAUCCGGAGCGCAGAUGACUUUGACAAGGCCGACAAGCUCAUCUUUCCAGGCGUUGGCUCGUUUGGCGCCUGCAUGCAUCGUCUUGAGGAGCUUGGAUACAUCGAACCUCUGCGGGCGUUCAUUGCGUCGGGCCGCCCAUACCUGGGCAUUUGCCUGGGAAUGCAGACGCUGUUCAAAGGAAGCGAGGAGUCGCCGGGCAUCGAGGGGCUCGGGGUCAUUGACAGCACCAUUUCGCGUUUCCAGGUCCCCGACCAUCUCGCUGUGCCGCACAUGGGAUGGAAUGGCGUCAACCCACGCCAGUCAUCCAAGGUGCUGGAGGAAGCAGGUGCGAGCAGCAAGUUUUACUUCGUGCACAGCUUCCUUGCGCUGCCAACACGGGGAACCGCGGCCUGGGCGCUCACCACCACCAACUACGGCAUCGAGUUUGUCAGCUCCGUGUGCAAGGGCAACGUGCUGGCCACGCAGUUCCACCCAGAGAAGAGCGGGCAGGCAGGGCUUCGCCUCAUCAAGCAGUUUCUCCUGCAGGACAGCCCCAGUGAGGCUGGCAGCGCUGACAUGGUUGUGACGCCGAACCCACCGCCUACAAACCUUGCACCCCGCCUGAUCGCUUGUCUCGACGUCCGCACAAACGAUCACGGAGACCUUGUUGUCACCAAAGGCGACCAGUAUGACGUGCGAGAGAAGGAUUCUCGCAAUGUGCGGAACCUGGGCAAGCCUGUGGAUCUGGCUGCUCGGUACUAUACGGAUGGUGCUGACGAGGUCACUUUCCUCAACAUCACCUCUUUUCGUGACUCUCCACUUCGUGACCAGCCCAUGCUUGAGGUGCUACGCAAGACGUCUGAGCGCGUGUUUGUGCCGUUGACGAUUGGCGGCGGCAUCCGGGACGUGACAGAUCCCGACGGCACCCCACACACGGCGCUCGAGGUUGCCAGCGAAUACUUCCGCAGCGGCGCAGACAAGGUCUCCAUCGGCUCCGACGCCGUCCUCAUCACUGAGCAGUUUCUGCGCACGGGCGUGAAGACCGGAAAGUCCAGCAUCGAGCAGAUCUCGCACGUGUACGGUGCACAGGCCGUUGUCAUCUCCGUUGACCCGCGUCGCGUGUACGUUGCGUCACCCGAUGAUACAAAGCACCACACAAUCAAGACGCAAGUGCCCGGGCCCAACGGCGAAGCGUAUUGCUGGUACCAAUGUACCAUCAAAGGCGGCCGAGAACCAAGGGACAUUGACGCGUACGAGCUCGCAAGGACGUGCGAGGAGCUGGGUGCCGGCGAAAUUCUCCUCAACUGCAUGGAUAAGGACGGAACGAACAGCGGCUACGACCUUGAACUGAUUGCGGACAUUGUGGAUGCCGUCUCCAUUCCCGUGAUUGCCUCCUCUGGCGCCGGCAAAGUGGAGCAUUUCUCCGCGUGUCUGCGCACGGCAAAACCGGCAGCCGUCCUCGCUGCAGGCAUCUUCCACAGGGAGGAGGUGCCCAUCCAGCAGGUCAAGCAGCACCUCAGCGAGUGCGGCUUUGAGACGCGCCCCGUUGAGUGAUGGCGCACACGACCGCAGAGAAAACGGGGGCGGGGCAGACGAAACGACGAGAAACAGGGGCCGAGGGGAGGAGCGCGAACGCGAGAGGCAAGGAGCGAUAACGACGUGGUAGUAGGACAGGAGCAAAGGACAGCUUCAAGAAGAAUAUCAUCAACACAACAGUACGGACGAACGUAACGCUUGCAAGCAAAGGGGGAGGAGGAGGAGGAAGAAGAAGAAGAAGAAGAACAAGGGCAAGGAGAGGCGGGGCGGUGCGGCAUGGAUCGUCAUGCGAGGGGAGGAGGAGGAGGAGGAGGAGAAACAUGAGGAGGAGUGGAAGUGACAGCCAUGGACUGAUUGAUGGUUGCGCGACGGCUACAUGAUGAGACAGCGAGCGUCUUCGCCAGGAUCCGAUGCACCAUCACCACCAUGCUCUCCUCUGCCAUUGCCCAAGAAUGAAGGCAAGCGCGUUGUGUAUGCAUGUGCGUGUGCGUGUGAGCGUGCGUGUGCGUGUGUAAGUACAAAGAUUUGACAACAACCUGCUUGAAGCAGGA